AACCCUUGACUUAAUCCGACCUUAUACUUUUCGCUUUUGCGGUUUGUCAUACAAACUAUUCACGUUUGCAAAUAAAUAACAAUGAAUAUAAGAAUCGUGAACACGUGGCGUUUUAUUUAAAAAUGAUUUACAUACACUUCGUUGAAGUAAACUAAUUAAGUCGCUACUUACUGAAAGCGUUAUCUGGUUUGAUUGAACAUGCCUGAUUCGGCUAUGCAUGGCCUCGAUGACCCGACACUUGCAAGACAUUUUAAAGGCCACAAAGAUGCUGUUACUUGUGCAGAUUUCAGUCCUAACAACAAACAGCUGGCCACUGGAUCCAGUGAUAAAACUCUGAUGAUAUGGAACCUUAACCCCAAAUCCAGAGCAUUCAGGUUUGUCGGGCAUCAGGAUAUCGUAACCGCCGUGCACUUCUCCCCAUCCGGCGAACUGGUGGCUUCUGGAUCAAGGGACAAGACCGUGAGAUUAUGGAUGCCCAACAUCAAAGGAGACUCGACGAUUUUUAAAGCGCACACAGCCACCGUUCGCAGUGUGAACUUCUCCGCCGACGGUCAGAAACUGGUCACUGCUUCGGACGACAAGUCUGUGAAAGUGUGGAGCGUGCAUCGGCAGAAAUUCAUCUACUCCCUCAACCAACACACCAACUGGGUACGCUGUGCCAGGUUUUCUCCAGACGGACGUUUGGUGGCCUCGUGCAGUGACGACCGGACGGUUCGACUCUGGGACACGUCCAGUCGCCUGUGCAUCAACACGUUCACCGAUUACACCGGACCAGCAACAUUUGUGGACUUUAACAGCAGCGGAACCUGCAUCGCAUCCUCAGGAGCAGAUAACACGCUGAAGAUCUGGGACGUGCGGACAAACAAACUCAUCCAGCAUUACCAAGUCCACAGUGCCGCCAUCAACAGCUUCUCCUUCCAUCCGUCGGGGAAUUAUCUGAUCAGUGGCUCCAGCGACAGCACAGUGAAGAUCGUGGACCUGCUGGAGGGACGACUGAUCUACACUCUCCACGGCCACAAGGGUCCAGUUCUGGCUGUGGUGUUCUCUCGAGAUGGAGACCUGUUUGCGACAGGUGGAUGUGAUUGUCAGGUCCUCAUGUGGAAGACCAACUUUGAUGCUCUGAACUACAGGGAGAUGUUGAGCAGUCACAGGAAGCGUGUAACUCCAGAUCCUCCUCCUCACCUGACGGACAUCUUUCCCCGCUCUCCACACAUGCACCUCGCCCACGACUCAGCCGUGCAGAUUAACCCAGUGGUCCCUAACAUCCAAUCAGCUCAUCCUCAGGUGGUGGACAUUGGAGAAGAUCCGUUCAGUCUGUGGCUGAAAAUACACCGACUGACCGUUGACACCGGGACUAAAAAUAGCACCACGGUCGUAUUGCAGGGUGCGGGUAGACACACCAGUCGGACCACAGACCCCACUGAACAUCCCAGCACCAGCACAGGCCGCAAUCUUGCCAUAUUUACUGACACACAUCGCCGGGAAGAAGCUGCGGAAGAGGACGAUCUUGAACCGCGGCUCGCAGACUUGCAGGAGGAACGCUCUGUGACUUCGCCGGCUUUGAGAAGCACAUUAGAACACAUUGUUCAGCAGCUCGACAUUCUGACUCAGACCGUGGCUGUACUGGAAGAGCGUCUCACGCUGACAGAGGACAAGCUGAGAGAGUGUCUAGACAACCAGGCUGUUAUUCUGGAGCAGAUGCAGCAGCAGCCACACAAAGAGACGAGAGGCGCUGAGGGUCCAGCAGUUUGACACGUGGCCCAUCAUCAGCUUUCAGGGGUCAUCAGAGCUGUUCUGAAGUUUAAGAGACUCCCUCCUCCUGCUUCACAUUUGGGAACCGUCUUCACUUUAGAAGGCAAGAAAAACAGAAAUAAAAAGGAACGGAAGGAAUCGAAGGAAGCACGGGAUGGAAUUUGGAGGUCAGUGAGGGGUUAGAAUGGAGAGCGUGGGGGAGGUUAAAGGGGUGUUUAACAGAUCCUGUAGCAGGCUCUCCCAGAAAUUCAUUAAGUCCCUGUGGAUGAGACAGCUGCAGCUAGGAAAACAUCCCAGCCUUGUUUUGACAGCAGCGAGGGGCAUCAUUCUUCACGACAGCCGGUCCGACGACACGUCAGGAGAGAGACUGACAUCUUUUUGUAUCUCUUUCUCCUUUUUUUGUAUCACUUUGUCCUUCUGUUUUUAUGUAACUUCUGUGUACAUUUAUGUUCGAUAGAAAUAAACGUGUCCCGAACGAUG